AUGUUCCAGUUUAGACUUGUAGAUUCAAUUGAAUUAGAUAAACUGCUAAUUGAAAAGGCUUUUAAAGGGUUUUUAGAUAAGUCAAUCGUUGCGGAAAUUUUAAUGAAAGAUUAUAAUCAAUCAAAAUAUUAUAAACAUAAAAGUGAAUAUGAGUUUGAUAGAAAUAUACUUAUAACUAAUACUUAUAUAUUUUUCCCAAUUUUAACAACUGAAGAACUUAAACAAUUAGAGCUCGCUCGCUCAAGAGGGUCAGGGUUUAUACUAACAACUUUUGACGCACCAUUUAAUGGGUUUAACGUAGAACAAGAAAAUAAGAUAAUGCAAACUAUAAUCCUGAAAAGCAAAAAUUUAGAUAUAAAUAAAAUGACUAACUAUAAAUUUAAAGAACAUAUGUUUAUAGUUAAAGUGCCUUUCAAAAGGAUAAAAGAUGAAUCAAUAGAUUCGCCAAUACAUAGUAUUCAAAUAAUAAACUAUAUGAUCUACUGA